AUGUUCAGCUCAAGGCUACCGAAGCCUGUACAUUCCAACGGUGAAGUCAUCAGAGUAACUCUCCCAAAACCUGAAUCAGUUUCCACUGCUCUAAUAGUAGAGUCAGAAAAUUUCACACCCACGCCGAGUUCAAAUGACCUUAAACUAUCAAAAUCGCAAGACUAUACCAAGUCAGUCCUAGAAGCCACAGGUGGCCAAACUAGAGCUCAGAUGACAUACGAGGACACUGUUCCUUUGAAGAAGAAAUACCCAUACAUGAAACAUCAUUUUCCUAGAUACAGCUUACAAACUUGUCCUGAUCCAUCCCUCAGGGAAUGUCUUGAAGGCACCAGGGAGGUCAUGCAACGACUUUUGGCUCAACAACUCGGCACGGAGCAAAAGACAGUUACUGACGAGACAAUUACGUAUGUUCCCCCAUCGCUCGACGAUUCUGAAGAACAAAGAGGAAGAACCAUUCAGAUCACUACUCGCCAAGAAGAUCCCAUGUUGCCUCCUAAGCAUAAACUACGCAAGAAUAGACAUCAGGAUCCUUCUCCGCCCCCACCACUCCUUAAAAAGGCACCCACCGAGAAAGUCACUAAAGAAAUCAAAGACAAGUGGGCCAUUCCAUCCGUUGUGUCAAAUUGGAGCAAUAACAAGGGAUUCUCUAUCUCACUUCGAAAGAGACAAGAAGCCGCCAGUGGUGGUCAACUUGCCGAGAAUGCUAGCAUUAAUGUCGAGAAGUUCAGUCUGUUGGCGCUGGCCUUAGAGAAUGCGGAUGAACAAGCUCGUGAGGAGAUCAAGAUUAGAAAUGAGGAACGAAGGGUGUUGGCUCAAAAGGAGCAAGAGGAAAAGGAAAGAAAGCUCAAGGAGCUUGUCACAAAAACUAGGGAUGAACGAGAUCGUUCAAAGCGUCCGAGAGACGAUUCUGGUUCAUCCUACAAUGCUCACAAGAGAAGAGCGCAUUAA